AUGCUGGUAGAGAGUAUGUACAGGAUUUCUGGAGGGAAUACAGGUUCGGAAUGCUCGAAGGAUGAAGCAAAUAGAGUUAGGAAGAAAAAGCCGAAGUUGAAGCAGGGAACACUUGGAUUCUUAUAUCGGGCUAAGGAUAAGAGCAGUGGUAGUGGGGAUGGUGCUAAUUGCAGUGGAGCAAUUGAGCGUAAGGUGCUUGCGGGGAAGAGGGAUGAUAAUGGUGUUCGAACUGUACAUUCUUCAUUAUUGAGAAAUUUUGUGUUACAGAAUCAAGGUUCUUUUGAUGAAGAUUCGGAGGAUGGUGUUGGUAUGAUAUUACCGGAGAAGCCCGUUCAGAAUUUCAAGAAUUUGGCAGAUAAGCGGUCAUUUCGUGAUGCCGAAGGGCAGUUGGUUGGUACUGUGGCAGAUGGUGACGAAUGUGUUAAUAAUAAGCCAGCUGCUAGUACUGUGGUAGAUCUUACUAGAGAUGAAAAGAUAGUGGGGGAAGGUACAGAUUUGCAGCCGCAGCAACUGCCGGUUGCAAGGAAGUUAGCAGGGAUAUCUGAUAUGGAUCAUGCAUCUGUGGCUCACAAACAAGCUUCUGUAGCAGGAGCUGGUUACUUUCCCGUAUCGACGACUAGGAGACUCAAGAUGUUUCAUAAAAAACAGUCUUCAUCCACGUCCAAUUCUAGUGAACAAAAACGUGGAGCUCUAAAGUUAACUAAGGAACAAGUCAUGGUGAUGGACUUAAUCCUGAAAGAGAGACUGAAUGUUUUUUACACAGGGAGUGCGGGUACAGGAAAAUCUAUUUUGCUUCGUGAACUGGUUAAAGCUCUGAGGGCUAAGUAUGGUGCUUCCGCUGUGGCUGUGACUGCUUCUACCGGUCUUGCAGCAGUGAGUAUUGGGGGUACUACCGUUAAUAGAUUUUCAGGCAUUGGAAUUGGUGCUGGAGUGCUAGAUAAACUUGUUGAGCGUGCGAAGAAGAAGAAGGAGGUGUUUGAAAGAUGGAAGCGGACUCGAGUACUAAUAAUUGAUGAGAUAUCCAUGAUUGAUGGGAGGUUUUUGGACAAGUUAGAUUAUGUAGCUCGAAGCUUAAGAAAAAAUGCUGAUGUGCCGUUUGGUGGGAUUCAAUUAGUAUUCACGGGAGACUUCUUUCAACUACCGCCUGUAUCAGAUCGGAAUCCCAAUUCUCCUAAACCGCUGUUCUGCUUCGAAAGCAAAGCGUGGCAGCAGGGGAUUCAGAAAACCAUAUGCUUACAGCGUAUAUUCAGACAAAAAGAUAACGACUUAAUCGACCUACUAAAUGCGAUAAGGUUUGGCGAAGUAACACCUCAAUUGACUGCCCUUGUGCGGACAUUUGAAAGGGAGGUUCACUAUCCAGAUGGAAUUGAGCCCACGGAGCUGUUCCCUACCAGAAAAGAGGUGGACACGGCUAAUAAACGGAGGUUAGAAAGACUGCCUGGAUUUGAGGUGACUUAUGAAGCACUGGACUCCGGGGAUGUUGAAAAGAAAUUCUCUUCAUAUUUCGACGCCAUCAUAGCAGAACGUACCCUUGUACUAAAAGAGAAUACCCAAGUUAUGAUGUUGAAAAACAAAGACGACACCUUGGUCAAUGGGACUGUAGGUAGAGUCCUCUUCUUUACCACUGCAAACCUGUGGAACUUCAUACAACGCGACCACAUAAAUAUGUUAGAUAAUGCUGAGUUUGUCAUGGAUAUGAAGUUGGUUUGUAAAGCCAUUGGCGUUCCGGAAAAUUGCCGUCCAUUGCAGUUACAACAGGAGAUUAACAGCCGUCCAAUCCUCACAAAAUCAUACUUGCAUCAAUAUCUUACCUUGGCACAGAGGGAAUCCUCUGAUUUGCUUUACCCGCUAGUUAGAUUCUCCGUAUCGAACAAAUACCGCUAUGAACUCAUCCAAAGAGAAGAGUUCCUCGUCGACUUACCCAUCAAUGGCCACGGAGUAGGCGAAGGGUCGAGACACCAAAUACCUCUUGUUCCUUGCUGGGCGUUAUCCAUCCAUAAGGCCCAAGGUCAAACAAUAGAUAGACUAAAAGUUGACUUGAGGCGCAUCUUCGAAGCCGGUCAAGUAUAUGUUGCGUUAUCAAGAGCAGUAUCAAAAGAUCAGCUGCAGAUUGUCAAUUUCAACCCAAAAAGAAUAAAAGCAGAUCCAAAGGUAAAGCAAUUUUAUCAAAACCUGAUUACUACUCCCCCAUAA